CAAGCAUAAUAUAAUAUUAAAUUUGAUUCGUAUAUAUGUCUAUCUGUGAGUGUGUGUACAUAUGCCUAUGUGUAGAGCUAAAGAAUAAUUUAAAAAAUAAAUUAUGACAUAAAUAUGAAUGAAUGCAUGCCAAAGAGUCUUUUUAACUGGUUAAUGAAUGAGGGAACCAGUAAGAUACUACAUCUUAUUCAAAUGAGAAGUUAAAGUAUCACACACAUCUAAAGUCAGAAAAGAAGUGCUGAAAUAAAUUCACAAAAAGAUGGAGAAGGCAGGGCAUGGUGAGUCAUGCCUGUAAUCCCAGCACUUUGGGAGGCUGCGGCAGGCAGAUCACUUGAGGUCAGGAGUUUGAGACAAGACUGGUCAACAUGGUGAAACCUCGUCUCUAUUUAAACUACAAAAAAAAAAAAAUAGCGAGGUGUGGUGGCAGACAUCUGUAAUUCCACCUACUCGGGAAGCUGUUGUGGAAGAAUGGCUUGAACCCAGGAGGCAGAAGUUGCAGUGUGACAAACUGAGAUUUGGUCUCUUAAAAAAAAAAAGACGCAAAAGUGGUCAAUUUCCACAAGGUAGCAAUCAAUUGUGUUCCAUUGGGCACAGGAUCCAUUUCUAUUUCUGUCAUUUUUUCUGACAGUAAAUGAGAUUGUUUUCAGUCUCUAUUUUUUCAGAGUUGUAAAAUGGCUCAAAGACAAUAAAAGGCAGAGACACACAUGAGCUACUCAGGGCACCUACUAAUUUAUCUUGUUUUUUCUUUUUGCCCAUUUUGAAGUCUUUCUCAAUUUUUUAAUAUAGCUCAUAUUUACAUUUAUUUUCAUCAAUUGCAAUUAUGUUUUUUUUUUUGCUUUUUCACCUAAAACAAACAUGAUUGAAAAUAAAAGCAUAAUGCAUAUUUCUUCCUAUUGACAUUGACACCACCUAUAUAGCAUUACUCAGGAGCGUUAUGAAAUACACGACACUUAAAAACAAACAAAAAUAUCCCUUCUUUGAGCUCUUUACUCUUGGGAGGGUACACUAUAUUAUCCUUUUCACUUUCUUCCUCCCAGUAAACCUCUCUCUCAUGCACUCUACCGACAUUCCCACCAAAUCCCUCCUUACCCUUUCAAAAUCAGUCCUAUCCUGAUUCUGGAGUUUGGGGUUUUCUGUGAAUCAGUUGAUGAUACCAGUCACACCAUUUGAAAAAAGGCAUGUGAGAAUGUGGUUCUGUACUGGUGAACAGGAAUUCUUAACAUUUAUUUUUAAGGAUUGUAUUUAAUUGCUAAUUAUAGAGCUUUGUUAAAUUAAGCUUUCACUCACGUUUGAAAAAUUCAUCUUUGUUUUGUUUUUCAUGAGGCAAAUAUCUCUCUUUAAGUGAACAAGCUUUUAAAAGAAUUAGUUUCUGGCCGAGCGCGGUGGCUCAAGCCUGUAAUCCCAGGACUUUGGGAGCCCAAGGUGGGUGGAUCACAAGGUCAAGAGAUCAAGACCAUCCUGGUCAACAUGGUGAAACCCCGUCUCUACUAAAAAUACAAAAACUUAGCUGGGCAUGGUGGCGUGUGCCUGUAAUCUCAGCUACUCAGGAGGCUGAGGCAGGAGAAUUGCCUGAAUCCAGGAGGCGGAGGUUGUGGUGAGCCAAGAUCACGCCAUUGCACUCCAGCCUGGGUAACAAGAGCGAAACUCCGUCUCAAAAAAAAAAAAGAAUUAGCUUCUUCAGUAUGAAAAGCAAAUUGCAAUUCACAGCCAGUGCAAUGGUUUACACCAGUGUGCAGCCCCAGCACUAUGGGAGGCCAUCGCUGGAGAAUCCCUUGAGCUCAGGAGUUCAAGCUCAGCCCUGGCAACAUUAUGAGAGACAUCUUAACAACAACAACAACAACAACAAAUAAUUACCUCAGCCUCUCCAGUGGCUUGGGACUUCAGCUACAUGUGGUGGCUUGUACCUGAAGUCCCAGGUACUCGAGAUGCUGAAUAGAGGGAUUGCUCAAGCCUGGGUGGUCGAAGCUGUGGUGAGCUAUAAUUGCACCACGAUACUGCAAUCUGGGCGAGAGUGAGUCCCUCUCUCAAAAAAAAAAAAAAAGAAAAGAAAAAGCAAUAUGCAUAAUCACAUCAUUAUGCCAGAAGUGUCCAGGUUCAAAGUGACAUUUUAUAUUUUAGUAAAUACUUUUCACUAACAGUUCUUUAGGAAUAAACGGAUAAUUCUUCUGGAAUAAAUAAACUGAGAAUCAUCAAAGAUUUUGCAGAAUACCACACUCUGAAUCUGAAUAUGGCUGUGUAAGUGUUUUCAGUUUACAGAUAAGUAUAGAUUUUUGCAGUUACUUUCUCUUAAUCGUUUCUUUCCUUCACUAAGGGUUUUCUAUUUUAUUUUCGUUCGCAUGCAUGGACAAGAGAAGGGAUGCAUUUUGUUGAUCCUAGAGAUUAAUACAGAAAAUGCCUCAUGAAGACUGAGUCUGGCUGUGAUUUACAUAGUUGGAGCAACAUAGCCAGUGAGUCUUUCGGGCAGCCCUGACAGCAGAAGCAAGCCUUGAGCUGGGCAUGAAAAAUGACACAGGCUUCCUUAUACCAGAGUCUUAUGACCAUUUUGAUUUCAAAAACUGUGUUGGGUGUCAGUAAACUACCGUAACCAGAAAAAUUAGAUUAAAAUGACUAUUUCUUUUGUUCUGUGUAUAUUUCAUAUAUGGAAGGAUGAAAAGUCAGUACAUGGCUAUCAGUCUCUACAGAGGAAGGGUAACAAUUUGUGCCCAGGUAUAUUAAUGCCUAACUGAACUGUUUUACAUAUGUGAUUAUAAGAUACGUCAUUUACUUAAGAUGUAUGGUUAAUCGCCUUUCUUGCCUCACCUACAAACUAAAUGGCUUUAUUCCAGCAAAAUUAAGUCUGAAAAUAAUGUUCACUGAUUUAGAUGUUGAUGACAGAUGGGUCUUAGGUCAGGAAAGCAGCAAUGGCUGGGAGACACUGAUUGUUAGCAUUUAUGCUCUGAUAAUGAAUGACCUGAAUUUUUCUCACAUGUUUGCUCGGGAAGCACAGGGCUGUGGAGGUCUUGACGUCAUAGAAGCAGAAGGAUUUGGGGCCAGAGUAUAUUCACUGCUGGCAGUCAUUCAUUAGUAAAUCCUUAGUAAGAGAGUUGAAUUUGAGUGACAUCUGGAGGCUUUCUAUACCCAGAGGUGGGGGAAUUCUGGGUUUGUUUUUUUUUUUUUUUCUGGUAAGCUAGAUUCAUCUUUUAAAAAAUGCCACAUAUAUAAUUGAUGGGUUUAAUAUUUCAGAUUGAGAGGAGGUGAAAGAUUGAAAGAACCGAAGAAAGAUUGAGUUUUUAUGAUUCUUUCCCCUGAAUGAAUUUGGUUAAUUUAAUGUUAGGUGCUAAUAUAAAACAUUGCUUGAGCCAUGUAGUGUCGGGAAUACAUAUCUGUUACUAGUUCUUGUUUGCUGUUUAAAAAUGGAGAUUGAAAUUUCUUUUACCUAGCAAGAAAAUUAUAGCAGUGAUCCUUGAAUAUUUAGAAAAAACACAUAUGGCCUGGUGUGGUGGCUCACGCCUGUAAUCCCAGCACUUUGGGAGGCCGAGGUGGGUGGAUCACGAGUUCAAGAGAUCGAGACCAUCCUGGUCAACAUGGUGAAACCCCAUCUCUACUAAAAAUGCAAAAAAUUAGCUGGGCAUGGUGGCACGUGCCUGUAAUCCCAGCUACUCGGGAGGCUGAGGCAGGAGAAUUGCCUGAACCCAGGAGGCGGAGGUUGCGGUGAGCCGAGAUUAUGCCAUUGCACUCCAGCCUGGGUAACAAGAGCGAAACUCCAUCUCAAAAAAAAAAAGAAAGAAAGAAAAAACACAUACAUUCCAAAGUAUCUAGUGAUGAGGCAAAAUUGUUCAUAUCGAAUUCCAUUUCCAGCUGAAGGCCAUUUCUGGAAGAAACUUGUAAUACUGGAGAAGCUGCAUGAGCGUGUCGUGUUUGCUGCAUGGAAAGGAGGACACGAGUUUCUCAGCACUGUGGCCAAGCAGAGCGACGGUUGAGGUUAGGGUAGCAGUCAUGAGGCCGAGAUGCAACUUAGACUCCAGUCCCUAUAAAAUGUACCUGAUACAAUUUAGCGAUUUGAUGAAAUGUGAAGCCAAUUUACUGUAUUGAACAUCAGUAGUGUCCCAAAAGAAGACCAUAAAAUUCUGGUGGUGAAGAUCUGUUGUUUAAAUAGUAAAAGUAUAAUGUUAACCAUUUCCUUUGGUGGUUCUCAUCCCAUCAGAAGAGCUAGAUCCUAUUAGCACUCUGGCACUUUAUUAAAAUAGGAGAAACAGUAAUUUAAUGAACCUUUAGGCCAGAGGUGGUGUCUCAUCCCUGUGACUUCAGUUAUUCGGGAGGCCUAGGAUCACGUGAGGCUGGGGAGUUGGAGACCAGUCUGGGCAACCGAGUGAGAUGCUGUCUGUACCAAAUAUAGAAAUUAGCCCAUUAUGGUGGCGUGUAACUGUCCUAGUCACUCAGGAGGGUGAGGUGGGGGACCACUUGAGCACAGGAAUUUGAGGCCCACUGCGUUCCAGCCUGGGAAACAGUGAGCCUGACUCAAGAACAAUCCUUCAAUACUUACCCAUUCAAGAAUUUUUCUUUUCAGUCCAAGAGUAUCAAGAUGUUACCGACACAGCACUUUCCCAUCAAAAUGGCAUCUUUGCCUAUUUGGUGCUGCAAAACCAAUACCAAAACUGAGUGAACAUCUAGCAGGGCAGGCUGUAUUCGAUGGCGUGGAACUGAGGAGAAGAGAGCUGGAAAGUCACAGAAACAAGCAACUCUAAUGAAAGGGAUGGGCAUUAGAAAUAAGGGAGGAACAUUCGAGUGUUUUUCUGGGAAUGGGUCGAGAACUCCUCAAAACCAGUGCUGCCUUUUUCCCCCUUUUAUUAUUUCAGUGGGUCGUUGUCAUGGUGAUUGUCAACUGUCAUAGUGCUGUGGGGUGUAUCAUUUAGCAUGAAAAUUAGAUUAUAAGGAAGUUAGAGGGUCUUCGGUGGUCAAGAAAGCUGUCAUCUUGGAUCCCGCAAGUCUUGGCCAGUUUGGUCACUAGGGGGACUUUUGGCCUCAGGCGUCCUAUUUCUGAAGAUAAGCAGAGUUGAGGUGGGAUAGAAAUUCACCUAUGUCAUGUAGGCCUCAUACUGGGUAACAAAUCUACAACACAUUGUCUAGAUCUCCGUGUCAGAGAAUGAUUAUUCAUACUUUAUGAAAAGACAUUGUAGCUAAGAUUGUCAAGUGAUAUUUAACUACAAAGUGGAUUGUCUGUUAUUCUACAGGAAUAAUCAAAUUUCUUUAAAGUAGUAAGUGUGGUCCAUCAUCAAUGCAUUUGUGUUGGAUAAAUAGAUAAUAAAAUUCAAAUGUUGUAGAACUGUAAAACAUACAGAUUUAAAUUCCCUGUUGUAAUCUUAUUUCCCAGAUAAAAUUUCUGAUGAUAAUUUAGUACAGUCUGUCUCUCUCUCUCUCUCUCUUUUUUUUUUUUUUUUAGUCAGUCUUGCUGUGUUUACCAGGCUGGAGUGCAGUGGUGUGAUCACAGCUCACUCACUGCAACCUGUAUCUCUCAUGUUGAAGCUAUUCUUGUGCCUUAGCCUCCUGAGUAGCUGUGAUUACAGGUGUGUGCCACCACAUCCGGCCAGUUCUUGUGUUUUUAGUAGAUAUGGGAUUUCACCCUAUUGGCCAGGCUGAUCUCAAACUCCUUGCCGCAAGUGAUCCUCCCACCUUGACCUCUCAAAGUGCUGGGAUUACAAAUGUGAGCCAGUGAACCUGGCCUAGUGGUCUUUUAAUAGACCAGCAUAGCGGGGAGGCAGGCAGUAUUGAAGAGUGAGUAGUGGCAUUGUGCAGCCUUUGUAGCCAGAGUGUCUGGGUUCGAAUCCUGUCUCUGCUGUUGUGUGAGUAACAGUCUGGGAAGGAAAUAGAUGACUCAGAGGUCACUGAAGACUUUGAAGAUGGGACUAUUAUAGACGUAUUAAGAAAAGCAACAAAGAAUGAUGAGGUAACCUAGGUGCCCAAAAAGUGAGAGCUGUUACUGCUAGGACCAAAGGCUUGAGGAGGGGGAGGUUUAACGGAAACCCCGUGAGAGCAGUACCUGCGGGAAAGGGAUUAUGAACAAGAGCUGUGGCUGUGAGCAGAGAUGUGCGGCCACUACUGGAUUACAGUGCCGCGCUGAGGGGUGGGGCGGGGCAGGGAGGGGUGCUUACGAAUACUCUCACCUCAACCUUUUGCUUCUGUUAUUCCGUAUUCACUGAUGGUUACUCUCAUGGGCUGAAUCCUGACAAGAUCAUGGACUCCAGAAUCCAGCUCAUGGGGCAUUCAGAAUGGGACCACAAACGAGGGCCACGAGGAUCACAGUCUUCAGGAACCAGUAUUACCGUGGACAUAGCCGUAAUGGGCGAGGCCCACGGCCUCAUUACCGACCUCCUGGCAGACCCUUCUCUUCCACCAAAUGUGUGCACAUCCUUGAGAGCCGUGAGCAACUUGCUCAGCACACAGCUCACCUUCCAGGCCAUUCACAAGCCCAGAGUGAAUCCCGUCACUUCCCUCAGUGAAAACGUUACCUGUUCUGACUCUGAGGAGAGCUCUGAAAAAGACAAGCUUGCUAUUCCAAAGCGCCUGAGAAGGAGUUUGCCCCCUGGCUUGUUGAGACGAGUUUCUUCCACUUGGACCACCACCACCUCAGCCACAGGUCUACCCACCUUGGAGCCUGCACCGGUACGGAGAGACCGCAGUACCAGCAUCAAACUGCAGGAAGCACCUUCAUCCAGUCCUGAUUCUUGGAAUAAUCCGGGGAUGAUGACCCUCACCAAAAGCAGAUCCUUCACUUCGCCCUAUGCUGUUUCUGCAGCUAACCAUGUAAAGGCUAAGAAGCAAAGUCGACCAGGUGCCCUCGCUAAAACUUCCCCUCUUUCAUCGCCCUGCUCCUCACCUCUCCGAGGAACUCCUGCCGACAGCCUCGUCGGCAAAAUUUCUGCAGAGCAGUUUCCAGAGUCUGCUGACACGACUGCCAAACGAAGCCUAGGUUCUCACAGGGCCUUAACCUACACUCAGAGUGCCCCCGACCUGUCCCCUCAAAUCCUGACUCCACCUGUUAUAUGUAGCAGCUGUGGCAGACCAUAUUCCCAAGGGAAUCCUGCUGAUGGGCCCCUGGAGAGGAGCGGGGCAGCCACUCGGACACCAGGUAGAACAGACGACACUGCUCAAGUUACCUCUGAUUAUGAAACCAAUAACAACAGUGACGGCAGUGACAUUGUACAGAAUGAAGAUGAGACAGAGUGCCUGAGCGAGCCUCUGAGGAAAGCAUCAGCUUGCAGCACCUAUGCACCUGACACCAUGAUGUUUCUGGACAAACCAGUUCUUGCUCCCGAACCUCUUGUCAUGGAUAACCUGGACUCAAUUAUGGAGCAGCUAAAUGCUUGGAAUUUUCCAAUUUUUGAUUUAGUGGAAAAUAUAGGAAGAAAAUGUGGCCGUAUUCUUAGUCAGGUGUCUUACCGACUUUUUGAAGACAUGGGCCUCUUUGAAGCUUUUAAAAUUCCAGUUAGGGAAUUUAUGAAUUAUUUUCAUGCUUUGGAGAUCGGAUACAGGGAUAUUCCUUAUCACAACAGAGUCCAUGCCACUGACGUUUUACAUGCUGUUUGGUAUCUUACUACUCAGCCUAUUCCAGGCCUCUCAACUGUGAUUAAUGAUCAUGGUUCAGCCAGUGAUUCAGAUUCUGACAGUGGAUUUACACACGGACAUAUGGGAUAUGUAUUCUCAAAAACGUAUAAUGUGACAGAUGAUAAGUACGGAUGCCUGUCUGGGAAUAUCCCUGCCUUAGAGUUGAUGGCACUGUAUGUGGCUGCAGCCAUGCAUGAUUAUGAUCACCCAGGAAGGACUAAUGCUUUCCUGGUUGCAACUAGUGCUCCUCAGGCGGUGCUGUAUAACGAUCGCUCCGUUUUGGAGAAUCAUCACGCAGCUGCUGCAUGGAAUCUUUUCAUGUCCCGGCCAGAGUAUAACUUCUUAGUUAACCUUGACCAUGUGGAAUUUAAGCAUUUCCGUUUCCUCGUCAUUGAAGCAAUUUUGGCCACUGACCUGAAGAAACACUUUGACUUUGUGGCCAAAUUUAACAGCAAGGUGAAUGAUGACGUUGGAAUAGACUGGACCAAUGAAAACGAUCGUCUGCUGGUGUGUCAGAUGUGUAUAAAGUUGGCUGAUAUCAAUGGUCCAGCUAAAUGUAAAGAGCUUCAUCUUCAGUGGACAGAUGGUAUCGUCAAUGAAUUUUAUGAGCAGGGUGAUGAAGAGGCCAGCCUUGGGUUACCCAUAAGCCCCUUCAUGGAUCGUUCUGCUCCUCAGCUGGCCAAUCUUCAGGAAUCCUUCAUCUCUCACAUUGUGGGGCCUCUGUGCAACUCCUACGAUUCAGCAGGACUAAUGCCAGGAAAAUGGGUGGAAGACAGCGAUGAGUCAGGAGAUACUGAUGACCCAGAAGAAGAGGAAGAAGAAGCAACAGCACCACAUGAAGAGGAAACCUGUGAAAAUAAUGAAUCUCCAGAAAAAAAGACUUUCAAAAGGAGAAAAAUCUACUGCCAAAUAACUCAGCACCUCUUACAGAACCACAAGAUGUGGAAGAAUGUCAUUGAAGAGGAGCAGCGGUUGGCAGGCAUAGAAAAUCAAUCCCUGGACCAGAACCCUCAGCCACACUCUUCAGAACAGAUCCAAGCUAUCAAGGAAGAAGAAGAGGAGAAAGGGAAACCAAGAGGGGAGGAGAUACCAACCCCAAAGCCCAACCAGUGACGAUGGAUAGAAUGGGCUCUGUUUCCAGACAGACUGACUUGUCAAAGACUCUCUUCAAGCCAGCACAACAUUUAGACACAACACUGUAGAAAUUUGAGAAGAUGGGCAAAUGGCUAUUGCAUUUUGGGAUUAUUCGCAUUUUGUGUGUAUAUUUUUACAGUGAGGUACAUUGUUAAAAACUUUUUUCUCAAAGAAGCUUUCACAUUGCAACACCAGCUUCUAAGGAUUUUUUCAGGAGGAAAUACGUGUGUGUGUGUGUGUGUAUAUAAGCUCCCACAUAUACAUGUAAAACAUAUUCACACACAUGCAUGCACACACAUACACACUGAAGGCCAGAAUUGCUGGCUCCACAAUUUAGUAACAUUUAUACUAAGAUAUCUAGUGGUCACUGUGAUAUAAUAAAUCAUAAAGGAAACCAAAUCACAAAGAAGAUGGUGUGGCUUAGUGAGGAAACAGUGCAGGAAAUGUAGGUUACCAACUAAGCAGCUUUUGCUCUUAGUACUGAGGGAUGAAAGUUCCAGAGCAUUAUUUGAAUUCUGAUACAUCCUGCCAACACUGUGUGUGUGCGUGCACUUUGUGUGUGUGUGUGUGUGUGUGUGUGACGAAGGGAACAGUGAAAGGAUGCUUGUGCGUGUGUGUGUGUGCAUAUGUAAAGAGAUUUUUGUGGUUUCAGUAAUUCAUAGAAUAGCUGUAGCAAAUGACUGAGUACAUGUGAACAAACAGAAGGAAGUUCACUCUGGAGUGUCUCUGGGAGACAGCCAUUCCAAAUGUCCUCCUCCAUCUCCUUCAGUAAAGGAGCUUUUGCAGAUGGAGGGCACUCGAGGGCUUGGUGAGAGGGCCACAUGUUUGUCUGGUAUUACAUUACUGCUACGCACCACUUGAAGGAGCUCUAUCACCAGCCUCAAACCUGGAAGACUGAGGCAUUUUCCAGUCCAUUGCCUAAUGAAUGUACAGGAAGUGUCUAUGCGUAUGGAUGUCACUCGAUUAAGAUCAAAGCCCCAUUUAAGGAGAUGAUGGCAUUCUUUAUACAUAAACACCUAGGAAAGAGCUGGAGUCAGGUCUUCUAAUAAGGUUAGAAUUCUGAAUGAUGCCAGAGAAGGCUUAGGAAAUUAUACUUCUGUCUUCUUAAUUUGAUGCAAAAUGUGUGGUAGAAAAAGAAAAGGAAACAGAAAAACCACUCUGGGUUAUGUAGCAAGAGGUGAAGGAGAAUAUUUCAACCUAGGGUUUUUGUGCAGACAUAGGAAAAGCCUGAUUCUUGGCAACUUACGGUUUGGUUGUAGUUUUGUUUUCAGGGGUGAAGGUCCCACUGACAGCCCCUGUUGUGGUAUUCCACAUGCUAUUUGUUGGGGUAGCUUCCAUCUGCAAUCUGGCCCGUUGUCAGCCAUGCUUCUUCCGGCAGGGGAGACUAGAGAGAGAUUGUUUGAGGAUCAGGUUAUUAUUGAAAGUCUUUUUGUUUUGUUUUGUUUUGGUUUAUCUACACUUGUUUAUGCUGUGAGCCAAACCUCUAUUUAAAAAGUUGAUACUCACUUUCAAUAUUUUAUUUCAUAUUAUUAUAUAUGUCAUGAUAGUUAUCUUGAUGUAAAUAUGAAGACUUUUUUUGUUUUUGUAGAUAGUAAAUUCUUUUUUAAAAAAAAAGGAAAAGGGAAACAUUUUUAUAAAGUUACAUUUUAAUCACCAUUUUUUAUACAUUGUCGUUAUUUCCAAGCCCAGUAAAGGAAUGAUGAUUCAUUUGCAUGGAGGUCGAUGGACAGCCAAUCAUAUACCUAUUCUAAUUUAAAUGAUAAUCUGAUAUAGUUAUUUUUUUGCCAAUUAAAUGAGAAUGCUGCAAAGAAUUUUUUUUCACUAGUAACUUUUACUAACUGAAUGAAUGCUGGGUCCAUGUCUCCCAGAUGAAAGACUAUUAACCAAUAUCAAAUUUUUAUAGUUGGUGUCCAUUUCUUUCUAACACUGUUUGGUUAUGAAUCUUCCUUCAGCACUAUAUACAAACCUGCUCAUCAUCUAAACAAUCUUAGCUUCUAAGUAAACCUCGAUUGUGAUUUCUAGUUUCUGUUUUAUCUGAAGUAGCAGAAAGGAUUGUUUACAUUAAAAUUCCUUAUGUUUCUCAUAAAUGGAUAUUGUACUCUCCCUUUCAAAGCAUUAUUUUACAGUAAUUCAUGGCAUUAAAAAAUAAGGCAAAUGUAAUACAAUAAAAAAAUAAACAUAGUUUCGAGGCAAAUUCUCCAAUAAGUAGGAAAAUAUCAAAAGGAUCAAGUGGAUGCAGACUCUACCUAAAUAAUUAGAAUAUAUUUCAGUAUAUUUCUGAGUUAACACCAGGUCUUCAUUAUUUAGAGCUUACUAAACUAUUUUCAUUUUCUUAGCUUUGCCUGUGUGUCUCUCUGUUUGCAAAAAUUACUCAGAGUCAAAUUUUGCCAGUGAAUUUAACUAUUCUUACCUUGCAAUUAAGAGAAGGGGAAAAAAGCAUUUACCUCCUCAUACCCCUUGAAUGGAAUUACUUAACAGAGCCAAUAUUUUCCCAUUUUCCAAAUGCUGUCCAUCAUCUUUAACACAAAUAUUAAUUGAACAAAAAGCUAUGUUUGGAGUGAGCAGACUGGCAGGACAGCUGGACGUCCUCAUAGUCUACGGGCAGUUUUGUCGAAGCUGCACAGUCCAAGCAGGGGCCAGCUUGGCUACUACAGUGGAAGUCUCAGCAAACUGCCAGGCUUCGUUUGUUUUGUUUUAAGGUACAGGAAAUAACGGGAAUAAAAGUGGCAAAAGCAAUCAGAGCAUUUUUAGUUUAGAAUUGUGUUCAUCAAUCCAGGCAGACAGAUACAUUUUUCUUUAAAAAUAAAUUGCUAUUAUGGCUAGAAGUCAGUUGGGAUAAAUAAAGGGAUGAAGAUCCUCCAAGUAUGUACUUUCAUACACGCCCAGUACAUCUCACAGGAUGCUAAGGGACACUUUCUGCUAGUAGGGUGCUCCCCCUUUUUUGGUGACAGCAAUAUUGUUACGUUCACAUCCAACUCCAGAGCUUACUUCCCGUGGUGCCAAUGUAUUUGUUGCAAUUUACUACAAUUUUAUAUGAGCCUAUUUAUAGGUGCCAUUAGAUAAACUCAGGUCUUUCAAAUGAAGGAGUUUCUAGCCCACGCAGGGACAAAGAUAAUUGUUUCGACAGCCAUAAAAUCAAUGAUAGGAAAACUUGGAACUGGUUGCCUGGAUGGCAUGGUUCUCUGUUACGUAAGAGACCGGGUAUACUCUGAGUGUCAUCAGUGUUAUUUUCAGCACGCUAAUGAACAUCUUUCCAGUUAUAUAUCUAAACCUUUAAAAUAUUGGUUUCCUUGGUAAAAGCACUACUUUUUCUUUUUUUAGGUGUAAUUUUUGUUUUGUCUUGUUUUGCCAUUUAUGUAAGACCUGGUUUUGCUCUCAGUAAAAGAUGAAGACAGUAGCUCUGUACAGGGGUAUAGCUGUAUUAGUCUUCAUCAGACAAAUGAAGAAAUUUUCUCAUAUUUUGUUCAAGAAAGUAUUCACUUCCUAAAAAUAGAAUACCCAAUUCUAACUAUUCCCUUUUGGUUGAAUAGCAGAACAAAUCUUACCACUGCAAUCCUAACACUAAAGAAAUGGAAUACCUUACAGACUGUUCAUAUUAGAUGUAUGUAGACCGUUAAUUUGCAAUUUCACCAUAUUCCCUGCCUAUCUUACCCAGAGAACUUUCUGUGAAGGUAAAAGCUGUGCAGAAGGCAUAAGACUCAGGCCUACUCUUUGUUUAAAUGAUGGAAAAAUAUAAAUUAUUUUCUAAGUAAUAAAAUUAUAAAAAUUAUCAUUAUAAAUAAAGUCUAAAGUUUGAAAUUA